CACGGCCUUCUGGGUAAACUGUGCCUGGAAAAUUUUUGAAGAGCGCCUGCGUGCGCCGCCUCUUUCCUUUUGCCUCAUCGCCUUCGAGAAAGCAACAUGGGUCACCAGCAGCUCUACUGGAGCCACCCGAGAAAAUUCGGGCAGGGUUCUCGCUCUUGCCGCGUCUGCUCCAACCGGCACGGCCUGAUCCGGAAGUACGGCCUGAAUAUGUGCCGCCAGUGUUUCCGCCAGUACGCGAAGGACAUCGGCUUCAUCAAGUUGGACUAAGUGUGAACUUCCUUGAAUGUGUCAUCCAGCAUAGCUACCUUCUUCAGAAAGAAUGCUCACUCUUUGUACAUAAAAUAAAAUUUUAAAACUUUUAAAAUUA